UUUGCAGUUUCCCAUCCUUUUUUCCCACCUCAUCUCAGGUCCCUGCUUCUUCCAUUGCUUCUUGCACCUGCUGCUUCCGCUACCUUACCUACCGCUGCCGCUUCCGCUUCCCUUUUUUUCACCCGUAUCCGUACCUUACCUUACCUUACUUUACGGAGCUCAGUUCCUCAUGUGCGGGCUCGCAGCUCUGCACCUUCUGCAUCCCAGCUCAAGGUAGCCAUUCUGUCCCAGCCAAAUUUUUGGAUGGUGACGACUUGACCUUAUUUUCUCUCUCCUUUCCUGCACAGCACUUUCGUGUGCCUCACACCUUCACGUCUCAACCUUUUUUUUUCCCUUUCAUCUUUUCUCCCCCAUUCACAGCGUCUCCUCAUCCAUUCCCUCUCAUCCCAUUUCACUCCCCCACCGUUCCGACGCAGCUUCUGAUCUUCCCUCGCGACCUUGCAUCGCUGGCCAGGCCAGGCCGCGCCUCGACUCGACCUCAUUCUAUGACCCGCGUGCCAACCUGACGGAACCCAAUCCAACCCUCGCAAAGCGUCUCACAGCAGCCAAGACAAGGACCGUAGCCACGGGCUUUCCCUCUCUCUUUCUACUACGUACUGUCCAUCUCACCGCUGUACUCACUCCCGCUUGAUCUGGCCUUCCAUCUCGGCCCUCGACUCACUCAUCCACGCACUCAGCUCACUCACUCACUCGACAACUGGCUCCGUGUACUACUAGGUACUGCUGCCGCUACCGAACCCUCGCUUCCUUUUGCACCGCUGCGAACCAGACAGGCAUAGUUAGCCUCUGUACCGAUACUCAUUCGCAGCUGCAAACCCAUCUGGCCCUUUUUAUUAAUUGAUACGAGACCCCGUCGCUUGGAAACAUUUCACAGAGAAACAUACCAACACCACCACCAUCCCCGUCGACCUUAUCUGGGUGCCCUCCGCUUUUUCUCUCUCUCUCUAUUCCUCGUUCUGUUGCAUCCGCCGCACGCACUCUGACGUCGUCUACGAAUCCCAUUCUUUGGCACUCUUUCCGACAAAAGAGACAAAUAGACGUUCUGACCAAAUAGACAUGCAAGGCUAAGCCCACUACUCGAUGCACAAAGCCCCGUACCAGCUUGCGCCCUACAUUCUAUCUUGAUCUAUUUGGGUCCUAGGCCUCUCCGGAUCACCAGUUCCUACUCCCCGCACCUGCUCAUACCCAUACGACGGCCCCCGCGACUUAGACCAACGAGCUCACUCUCUCGCGCUUUCACAGCUCACCGUUGUUGCACACCCAGUAAGCUGCUGCUGGUUGUACCUGGCAUUGGCCCCAGUUCGAACCUGGUCCUCGCUCCAGCCACAGGCGCAAGCAACCAUCUUAUCGCAGUUUGAGUUGCCAACACACGCACGAGACGGUACAUACCUUACGAAUAGACCCAGCCGAUUUACAGUACCUACCGCCGUACAUUGGCCGCGAGGUGAACGGGACCGCGUUCUGCUCCCCCCGGGCACACUUCCCGUGCAUCGGUAUCAAGUCAGCCCCCUCAAAUCGCCAAUGCCUUUGUUAGAAGCCGUCAGGGCCAGUAUCGGAACAGUACCGCAACCAUGUCCCACGGACCACCUCAGCCUCCAACCAAUUUUCUUGGCUUUGGGCCCCAAGAUGCCUAUUCCGCCUUUGAAGCUAUGGCGGAAGCCGACCCCAACAUCAUGUCGUCUCUCCUGGACUCGACAGUCUACGGAAGCUUUGAUGCCAUGUCCAUGAGCGUCGACAACCCUAACGACGAGAACGCCAUGUCUACCUUCAACUUUGUCGGCAAUACACCAAUGCCCGACGGCCUCCCCGACGAUACCCCUUCCAUGAAUAACAAUUACUCCAACAAUGGCGACGAUGCCUCCAGCGUAGUUGGUGGGGGCCCCAUGCCCUCGAGCGGCUUCAAUUCGCAGGCUUUGCAGCAGGCCGGCAGCACCCUCACCGAAUUCACAAAGAGGCGCAACUGGCCUGCGAAGGUCGUCGAAGAGCUUAAAGACUUCCUCCAGAUACUCGACGCCAAUGGUCGCAUACGUUUCGUCUCCCCGAGCAUUCUAAAUCUUACGGGCUACACCGCCGACGAAAUCCUCGACACGUUCCUCAAGGAACUCGUCCACCCCGACGACCAGGGCGUCUACGUCGCCGAGCUAAACGAGUCUAUAGCAUCAGGAAACCCGCUACGCUUGUUUUUCAGGCUAAAGAAGAAGGAUGGCAAAUACGCCAUUUUUGAGUCUGUUGGUCACGCCCACAUUGCCGCAUCCAAGUUUGCGCCGAACCCGCACAAUCAAACGCCAUUUUGCCAAGCCGUCUUCAUGAUGUCGCGCCCGUAUCCAACAAAAAAUGCCGGCCUACUGGACUCAUUCCUGGAACACAAGAUUGAGAACGAACGUUUGAGGAGGCGCAUUGCUGAGCUGCGCAAGGAGGAAGAGAUGGAGAAUGAAGAAUCACAGAGGCAGUGGCUCCAGAGCCAGGAAGGCAGGUCGGACGUAACACCAUCGGAAACCACAAUGACAUCCGCCCCGAGCGCCAUAUCUCGGGCCGGUGACGGAGGCGACAGGUCAUCGGCCCUCAACGUUGCGCUUACACGCGAAGCACUGGAGGGUGUUGCGGGGAGCCGCCCAGACUCACUAAAGGACAAGAUGGCUAGAUAUGAAGGGAACUCACACACUGAUACCAUUGAGAUGUUGACCGGACUGAGAUACAUCGAGGGCGAGAGGAGCCGCGGCAUCACAACAGGAAACGCGAGUCCGACCUUGAUCAAGGGAGACGCGGGCAUUGCGAUUCCACAGGACCGGGACCCUCGGACAGGUGACAAGAAGAAGAAGCUCAAGACUUCGGAGGAAUAUGUCUGCACGGAUUGUGGUACCCUGGAUUCUCCGGAAUGGCGCAAAGGCCCAAGUGGACCGAAAACAUUAUGCAACGCGUGUGGCCUUAGAUGGGCCAAGAAGGAAAAGAAGAAUCGACAUGGUAACAACAACGCUCAUCACUCAGGAUCGUUGCAAGUCGAGCAUGGCGGAGGUUAAGUUUUAAUGAGUCACCACUGGCGCAUUGGUCGGCAAGUGCCCACGAGGGCUGCCCUGGGCGUGGUCAUUCCACAUGCACCGGAGUUGGCGUCUGGAAGACGGCAUGGCGCAGGAUAUCAACUUUGACGGACAUGCAGCUGUUUGCCAUGUUUCCAGCUUUGUUAUUUCACAGCAAUCAAGAUACCUGAAGACGAUUAGGUCAUGGGAAGGAGGAAGGUCGUAGUUUUGGCAAGAGCAGUUUCCAACAGCAGAAUCUAUUCCGAGCCAUGUUGCUUCAACUGACGGGGUGAUCAUCCGGUCAGGCGAGUCAGAUGCAGUUGAUGUCCGU